AUGGAUGCGCAGAGUAAAUUUCGUUCAAAAACCCAAGAUAUCUUUGAAAGCAACAUGGAAUGAAGACUGAUUAAUGAUGGCCCACCCAGGGUAGGCUAUCUUUUUAACAUGAAAACUCACAAAGUUGUUGAUGAAAACAGAAAAGAGCAUGCUGCAGUUCUCCUUUAUUUUUCUGAAGAAUCAGGGCAAAUCUUUAAAGUAAUUCUCCGCUACGAACCUUAUUUUUAUGUCCUGGCCAAAGAAGAGUUUAAAACAGAAGUUUUUGGAGCAAUUUCUCGGCAAUUUUCAGGAUUUUUAAGCAGAAUUGAAAUGGUGGAUAAAUAUGAUUUAGAUCAGCCGAACCAUCUUUCAGGCAUAACAAAUUCCUAUAUAAAACUCUAUUUCCGAAACAUCCAAGAUCUAGUAACAGUGAGAGGAAGAAUUAAACAAAAAAUGCACCCAGGCCGAACAUUAGAUAAGUCUCAGUACCAAGAUUUCUUAGAAGCUAUAGAAGACACAAGAGAACAUGAUGUGAUUUAUUAUACUCGUGUAGCAAUUGAUCUAGAAAUCCGCUGCGGAUUAUGGUAUCAAAUCACUUUUCGCAACGGAGUCCCAGUGCUUAAAUCUUUGACUGAUAAACUUGCCAAUCCAGGCCUCAGGGUCCUUGCCUUUGAUUUAGAAACUUACAAGAAACCAUUAAAAUUUCCUGACUCUGAAACUGAUCCAAUAAUGAUGGUUUCCUAUAUGAUUGAUGGAUUAGGAUUUUUAAUAAUAAACAGAGAAAUUCUAUCUCAAGAUGUAGAAGACUUCGAAUACACACCUAGACCAGAAUAUGAAGGAAAGUUCUCCAUUUUCAAUGAACCGACUGAAGGCGCUAUGAUCAAAAGAUUCUUUGAGCAUAUACGUGAAACAAAACCAGUGAUUUUUGUGACUUAUAAUGGUGAUUUCUUUGAUUGGCCUUAUUUGGAAAAAAGAGCUAUGAAAAACGGGAUGAAUAUGGAGAACGAAAUAGGGAUUUUUAAUGAAGGAGAGGAAUAUAAAGGGAGACUAGCUGUGCAUAUGGAUUGCUUGUACUGGGUCAAAAGAGAUGCAUAUUUACCUCAAGGGUCACAUGGGCUGAAAAAGGUCACCAAAGCAAAGCUUGGAUAUGACCCUGUAGAACUAGACCCUGAAGAAAUGGUGAAUUAUGCUCGAGUUAAUCCUCAAGGACUGUGCUCUUACUCUUGCUCUGAUGCAGUGGCUACAUAUUACCUUUAUAAAAAAAUGAUCCACGACUUCAUUUUUGCCUUAUGUACCAUUAUUCCAUUAUAUCCUGAUGAUGUGCUACGAAAAGGCUCAGGAACUCUUUGUGAAGAUUUGCUUAUGGCCCAAGCCUAUUCCCGAAAUAUAAUUUUCCCGAACAAAAUCAGCGAAGAAGCUGAAAAAUUCUAUCAAGGAAAUCUAAUAGAAUCGGAAACUUAUAUAGGUGGCCAUGUUGAGUGCAUAGAGGUUGGUGUUUAUCGUAAUGAUAUCCCAGUCAAAUUUAAGCUGAGUCCACAAAUAUACCAAAAGCUAAUCAAUGAAGUGGAUGAUGCCAUAAGUUUCUGUGCAAGUAUUGAACAAAAAAUUGAUCCAAGCGAAGUAGCAAAUCGUGAUGAAGUCCGUGAGGCGAUUCAGAAGAUUUUGGCAGGAUUUAGAGACUCCCCUCAUAAAGAAGCAAAGCCUCUAAUAUACCAUUUAGAUGUAGGAGCUAUGUAUCCGAAUAUUAUUUUAUCAAAUCGUUUACAGCCAACUGCUGUGGUAAAUGAAAAAGUUUGUGCAUCAUGCUUAUAUAAUCGCCCAGAAAAUAAUUGUAAAAGGAAACUUGAAUGGGAGUGGCGUGGAGAGGUAUUUCCUUUGAAGAAAGGUGAAUAUGAAGGCGUUAAAGCUCAGCUUGAGCAAGAAGUUUUUAAUGGCGUUCCAUUUUCUUUGAUGCCUCCAGAACAGCAAAUGACCCAAAUAAAAGAAAGAGUCAAAGAAUACUGCAAGCGUGCAUAUAACUCAAUCCAUACCACAAAAAUUGAGACGAAACAAGACACAGUCUGCAUGAGGGAAAAUUCUUUUUAUGUUGAUACAGUUAGAGCUUUCAGGGACAGAAGAUAUACUUAUAAAGGGCUCGUAAAAAAAGAAGCUGGAUGCGUCAAAGAUGCAGAAAACAGAAAAGACCCAGUAGGAGCAAAAGAAGCAGAAGAAAGAAUGAACUUAUAUGAAAGCUUGCAGCUGGCUCACAAAAUCAUUUUAAACUCUUUCUACGGAUAUGUCAUGAGGAAAGGUGCCAGAUGGUACUCCAUGGAAAUGGCAGGGAUGGUCACACAUAUGGGUGCAAAUAUCAUUACUAUGGCAAGAGAGCUUGUAGAACAAAUCGGCAAACCUUUAGAGCUCGACACUGAUGGCAUUUGGUGCUUACUCCCUGAAGGAUUUCCUGAAAACUACACCCUGGUCUCUAAAAGUGGCAGAAAAAUGUUUAUGUCUUACCCUUGCACUAUGCUUAAUUUCUUGAUUUAUGAUUCAUUCAAAAACACACAAUACCAAACUCUAAAUGAAGAUGGCUCUUAUGAUACCCACACAGAAAUGUCAGUAUUUUUCGAAAUUGAUGGCCCUUAUAGAGCAAUGAUUUUGCCAGCAUCCACUGAAGAAGGGAGAAUGCUUAAAAAAAGAUACGCUGUUUUCAACAUGAGCGGGAAAUUGCAUGAAAUUAAAGGCUUUGAGCUAAAAAGAAGAGGAGAACUAAAAUUGAUCAAAGUUUUUCAAGAAGAAAUUUUUGAUAGGUUUUUGACUGGCAGCACAUUAGAAGAGUGCUAUAAAGCUGCUGGAGAGGUUGCUGAUAGAUGGUGGGAUAUUUUAGAAUAUCAAGGCGCUGGGAUAAUGGCUGAAGAACUUAUUGAAUAUUUGUGCGAAAAUAGAACGCUGAGUAAGUCAGUAACUGAAUAUGGUGCCCAAAAAUCAACUGCAAUUACAACAGCCAGAAGACUUGCAGAAAUUUUAGGGGAUGAAAUAACCAAAGAUAAAGGACUAAACUGCAAGAUGAUAAUAUCCAAAAAGCCUGAAGGAGCUCCGGUUACUGAAAGAGCUGUUCCUGCAGUGGUUUUUUCAUUACUCCCCCCCCCCUCCGUGAGCGCGAACAAAACCAUUAGAAAAAUCGCCAUUUUUUGCCCAAAAACCCACCCUCCGUGAGUGAACAAAAAUUUUUUAAUAGAAAAAAUUUUAAUGGAAAAAAAAUUUUGAUAUAUAUAAGUGAUAAUUAGUAUAAUGAAAUCUAGAGCUAAUUCUGUUUAAUUUUAAACAAAUUGCGUUUUUUAAAACAUAAAUUUUGCAAAUUAAAUUAAUAUUUGCUUCCCAAUUUUUGCAAAUUAGGGAUUUUUUUUAAAUUUCGAAAAAAAUAUUUUUUAUAAAAAUUUAUAUAUAAAUUUUUUUUAAAAAAAAAAAUUAACCCCCCUCUGUGAGCGAACAAAAUUUUUUUGUUCGCUCACGGGAGGGGGGGGGGGGGAGUUAGAAACUGAAGUAAAAGAAAAAUUUUUGAAAUUGUGAACUAAAGACAAUUCUAUCAAAGAUUUUACGUUGCAAAAUGUUAUUGAUUGGGAUUAUUAUAAAGAGCGCUUGGGCGGGACAAUUCAAAAAAUCUUAUCAAUCACAGCCAUUCUUCAAAAGGUGUCGAAUCCAGUCCCUAGAGUUCCGCUUCCAGAUUGGCUUGGCAAACGCACGAGAGAUCUUGAUCACAAUUUUAAGCAAAAGUCAAUUGACUCUAUUUUCAAACCACAAGCUUUCCAGCCUCCAAAAGUCCCAGAUAUUGAAGAUAUGCCAGUCCGCAAGCCAGAAACCAUCCCUAUAUUGCAUGACAUGACAAACUGCCCUAGUUUUUUUCUAGACUUUCCAAAUUGGCUUUCAUAUUCUCAAAGCUCCUGGAAGCAACGGCGAAAGCACAAUCUAGCUUUAAAAAAGCUGAGACGAGAAGGUAAAGUUCAAGAAGCCCCACGAAGCAUUUCUACUUAUCUAAAAAAUAAGGAUUCUUCAUUGCUUUACAGUCUAUGGCAUGUUAUUGGGAUUCAUCAUGUGCAAAAUGGGAUGUUUAAGCUAUGGGUAUAUACAGAAUUUCAAGAUUUACACUGCUUGACUCUAGAAGUUAAAAGAAAAAUUUAUAUAAAUAGCUCGGUAGAAAGAGAAAACCCAAACUUUAAAUCUGUAAAAAUGACACUCCCUCAUAAUAAAACUUGCAAUUACUUAUAUGAGUAUGAAAUGAGUGAAGCAGAUUUUCAGGAUAAAUUUUUUGUGAUAAGCAACGCACUUGCGGAUCCGCAGAUUGAAGGGGUUUAUGAGACAAAAAUUCCAAUUGAAAUUUUGGCGAUAAUUAAACUUGGAUGUAUAUUAAAGCCAAAAAUAGAUGGACUUGAGAAUAUUUUGGAGGAUAAAGGCAACUUGCUAGGACAUGUAUUUAGAAUUGAGGAUUUUGAGGUUAGAACAGAUGCUGGAUAUUUGAAAGAUAUGUCAAAUUUGACGAAAUUUUAUUUGCUUCACGUUCAGGCCGGUGUUAGAGGAAUAUGAAUGCUGUUUUCUCCAGCGAAAUCCAUGGUUUUUGUGUAUAUAAUAAUGCCAGGCCACAAUCCAGAUAAGCCAUCAAUGCAGCGACUGGUAAAAGAAUGUUUAGAUUCGCAAGAGUGGGUGUGUGAAACCCUAUACCCUAAAAAUCAAGACCAAGCUUUCAGGUUGAUUGAUAAAACCCUUCUACAAGAAAAAAGUGGCCCAUCAUUAGUUCUUUUUUCUUCUGCUUCAAUUACUAUUGAUUUUCUAUUAAAGCAUGGCAUGGCAUCUUUUGAAAAAGAUUUCCCAGUCAUAAAUGUUUUAUCUCCUCAAUACUCACUUCCAGCUCUUGAUUGGCAAAAAAUAGGUAUCCAGCACCUCUGUCAGCUAUUUCAAGCUAUUCCUAUGUGGUUUGAAAAUCAACUUGGCUUUUCUCGAUAUUCAUGUGUCCCUAUAGGAAAUUUACCUCAAGACCCAAGCUUAUUCUUAUGUGAUCUUUUAUUUGCAAGAUCACUAAAAAAUUCGCAGCACAUUCUAUGGUGAAGCAACGAAAACUCUGCAGAUUUUGGUGGCGAGGACGAUUCAGGCUCAUUAAUAGAAGAUAAAGACUUUUUCUGUACUGAAGUGUGUGUCCCUGGCUUAUACUCUGACAUCUCUGUUGAGCUUGACUUAGGAGUUCUCCCCACAAAUGCUAUUCUCUGCUAUAAGCAUUUAUUUGUGGGUGAAUUAAUCGAAGAUAAUCCCAACGAUGAAAAAGUCGUGUGCUUAAAUUCUUUCCGGAAAAUCAGGUCACUUAUAAAUACCUGGGUCGACGAUGUGAAACAGUAUAAAAACCCAUAUGCUGACAAACUAGUUAUGCAUAGCUAUAGAUGAAUUGCAAGCAAAGGCUCAGGUAUGUAUGAUCCUUUGCUGCAUUUAACAAUUCAUAAACUUGUUGAUCAGCUUUUCAAACAUUUGCUGGCAGAGCUACAAAAGUUGGGAGCAAAAAUAAUUUUUGCACAUUCAGAUAAAAUUAUAUUGGGGACUGGAAGAUAUAAUCUAGCUGAUGCACAGAACUAUUGCACAUUUUUAGUGAAAUCUUUGACAGCUUCUCCAUCCUUUGCGUACUUAUCUUUAGAAGCUACAAGAUUUUGGCAGAUUUUCUUCUUUAAAGAUAAUUUUAAUUAUGCAGGGAUACCCAUAUCAGUUCAGGAAAAACAAAUCAGAAUAGCCUCACAUUGGCAUCUACUUGAAAUGUUCCCUGAAGAUUUUUCUAAGCUUGCUUUAGUCAUUAUCGCUCAAAUGCUGCAUGAAAGCUACACGUUCUUGUCAGAAAAUUAUGAAUCUGAUACAAUAAGAUCACAGCUCAUAGAAUUUUUGAAGCAUUUAUUAGCAAAUCAAAUUUCACCCAAAUUAUUUGAAACGAUUCAUAAUAUGCAAGUGCAAGACACUCUUGCGUUUCCGAAAAAGGUUGGAGCAAUAUUCACUACACAAAAUGCUGGGCUAGAAUUUGUAAAAGUCAUUGCACAUUUAUUGUCAUUGGAGCCAGACUUGAGUGAUACAAUUUUGACUUUGAGAAAAAUUUAUUAGCUUCUCGUGAGCGAACGAAAAAAUUUUUAUUUGUUACGUACAGAGGGGUUAUUUUUUUAAAUGCCAUAUAUAAAUUUUUAUAGUAAAAAUUUUUUUUAUUUUCCAAGUUGCAAAAAUUUUGGAAAGCAAAAAUUAAUUUAUUAAGAUUACUAAAUUAUAGUGAUUUUGCACCUGAAGCAGACUAUACAGAACCUUGUAUGUCGUUAAUUUUGCCUGAAAUUAUAUGUCCUAAUUGUGUAUAUACAAGUUAUAGGUUAAGUGUUAUAAGGCUAUAAGCGGAUAACCACUAGCCUAACUAUCUGUCGUUAGCCCAAAUAUCUACGAUUAGCUUCCUAAACUAGAGCCCCUCUCUUUUGGGUUCCCUGAUAGUCCUGAUGGGCAGAGAUUAAGUGGGAGGCUAAGCUGUCUAGCCCACCUGGUACAUUCGGAGUAGAAAUAGAAUUUCCCAAUUCGGAAGGAAAGAAAUAAAAUGAUGAUGUCAACGGAAGAUGGACUCUGAGACACUUCCGAUGGAGUAUACAGGACCCGUCCCGAUAAAGCUGAAAAUAAUGCCUCUGCCACUUUUGAAGUAGGCUUGGGUUUGAGAUCCCCAAAGGUUUUCCCCUGACCCUGCUAGAGGCUUUGCCUCCCACUUAGUCUUUGCUUAUCAGGACUAACUGGGCAUCCGCAAGAGAUGGCUCUAGCCUAGGGAGCUAAUCCUUAAGUUAGGUAUAAUUUAUGGUUAUAUAAUGGGUCAUUGUGCCAGAAUAGAGGGAAAUUAUCCAUGUGGGUUUUUUGUUUAGAGGAAAUUUCACUAUAUCUCUCUGAGUUGGUGAAGCUUAUGCAGCAAUGGCAUCUGCAGUAUCUGUGAUUAAUAGAAUUGAAAUUGAAGAUGUGAAGAAGAUUUCGGAGAUCGUGGAGAGAAUAUGUUAGAAUUUGAAUUGUCAAAUCAGAAUCGGGUUUAAAUCAGAAAAUAUCAGACUGAAAGGUCUUAUAGCCAUAUUUUAAUUUUUAGCUUUAGUUAGUUUAGAUUAGGCUAGGUUAGGUGGGUUUAGCCAGAUAGGGAGGCUAGUAGUUUAUCCGUUUAUGGCCUUAAAAUUUUUAACUUUAAUUACUUCUGAAAGUAUCCCAAAACCCAUAUACCUACUUCAAAAAGCAACAGGGGACUAUUUUCAGAUCCAUUGGAAUGGGCUCUGCCUGCUCCAUAGGAGCCCCAGAGUCCUUCUUAAUAAACGUCACCAUUUAUUUCAUCGUAUAUACAAGGGAUAUUGAUUUGUGUAGAGACCCUAUGAUAAGUCAAGGAAUAUGGAAAUGCUACCUUUGCGAUAAUGAAUUUGAUAAAGAGCAUUUUGAGUUAAAACUAGUUGAACUUUUGCAAAAUAAAAUGAAGGACUAUCAAAAUCAAGACCUGCAGUGUGUGAAAUGCAAGAUGAAUAAAGGGAAUUUGCUCUCAAGGCAUUGCUUAUGUUCGGGGAUUUAUAAGCCUACAAGAGAUGCUGAAUCUUUUAUGAAGUUCUUGACGACUGUUAAUGAGCUUUCCGCUUUUCAUGAGUUUACGUAUUUGUGUGAUUUGAUUGGACCAAUUGUUAAUUCAUUUAAUUAA